AAAGCGCUAGGAAUUAACCUCUCUCGGCCUCUCCCCUUUCGGUUUCCUUCUCGGGUUGGCUGGAAACUUCACCCAGACACCGGAGCAGCUCUGGCGUCCUGGCACCGGCCACCGGCUGAGGCCCCGCGGGGCGCUCUCCCGCCCGAGGUGCCCCCGACCCCGACCCUGCCCUCAGGGGCUGGCCCGGGGCGCGUUUUCCCAGGGGACGCCAUAAAAGGGUGGGCUGGCUGGCGGGAAGCGGGGGCCGGGCGGCCCAGGUUCACCCCGGCGCCGGCCUGGUGGGCACAUGGCCAGCCUCCGGCCCCAACUCCGUCCCUCCCGGCGCGCCGAGGCCCCCUCCCGGCCGCGCCGCCCACCCGCCCGCGGGGGCCUGGGAGCGCCGCGGGAGCCGCUGGGACCCGGGCCGGGCCGGCAGGCGGCGGCUGCGGCCUAGGGCUCCCGCGCGGCCACCGGCCUCUCCCCUCCCCCUCCCGGAAGCGCGGGGCGGGGUCCCCGGCCGGGCCGCGGGGGCGGGCGCGGGGGCCGGGCCGGGGCGGGACGCGUUCGGCGCUCGCGGGCUCGGCGGGCUGUGCGCGCCCACUCCCGCUCCAGCGGCCAGAGCGCGCGGGCCCAGGCCCGGCUCCAGCCGAGCAGCAGCAGCGGCGGCGGCGGCAGUUCGCGCGAGGCCCCGCGCCCCCCGCAGCCCCUCCCCGGCGCCGUGCAUGGAGACGCAGCCAGCUGCUCGCCGCUGAGCCCCGCCGCCCGGCCGGGACCCGCCGGGGCUGGGGUGGCCUCGGGCUCCGGCCGGCCCUGCCGCCCGAGGGCUGCGCGCGGCCCGCGGGCCUCGCUGCCCGCGCGGAUCGCUGCGGCCCGGCCGUCCCGUCCCAGGAAGUGGAGGUCCCGAGCGCCAUGGCUCACUCCCCAGUGCAGUCGGGCCUGCCCGGCAUGCAGAACCUAAAGGCAGAUCCAGAAGAGCUUUUUACAAAACUAGAGAAAAUUGGGAAGGGCUCCUUUGGCGAAGUGUUCAAAGGCAUUGACAAUCGGACUCAGAAAGUGGUUGCCAUAAAAAUCAUUGAUCUGGAAGAGGCUGAAGAUGAGAUAGAGGACAUUCAACAAGAAAUCACAGUGCUGAGUCAGUGUGACAGUCCAUACGUAACCAAAUACUAUGGAUCCUAUCUGAAGGAUACAAAACUAUGGAUAAUAAUGGAAUAUCUUGGUGGAGGCUCCGCACUAGAUCUAUUAGAACCUGGCUCGUUAGAUGAAACCCAGAUCGCUACUAUAUUAAGAGAAAUACUGAAAGGACUUGAUUAUCUCCAUUCAGAGAAGAAAAUCCAUAGAGACAUUAAAGCGGCCAACGUCCUGCUGUCUGAGCACGGUGAGGUGAAGCUGGCGGACUUUGGCGUGGCUGGCCAGCUGACCGACACCCAGAUCAAAAGGAACACCUUUGUGGGCACCCCGUUCUGGAUGGCACCCGAGGUCAUCAAGCAGUCGGCCUACGACUCCAAGGCAGACAUCUGGUCCCUAGGCAUAACAGCUAUUGAACUUGCAAGAGGGGAACCACCUCAUUCCGAGCUGCACCCCAUGAAAGUUUUAUUCCUCAUUCCAAAGAACAACCCACCGACGUUGGAAGGAAACUACAGUAAACCCCUCAAGGAGUUUGUGGAGGCCUGUUUGAAUAAGGAGCCGAGCUUUAGACCCACUGCUAGGGAGUUACUGAAGCACAAGUUUAUCCUGCGCAAUGCAAAGAAAACUUCCUACUUGACCGAGCUCAUCGACAGGUACAAGAGAUGGAAGGCCGAGCAGAGCCAGGACGACUCAAGCUCUGAGGAUUCUGACGCGGAAACAGAUGGCCAAGCUGCAGGGGGCAGUGAUUCAGGGGACUGGAUCUUCACAAUCCGAGAAAAAGAUCCCAAGAAUCUUGAGAACGGAGCUCUUCAGCCGUCAGACUUAGACGGAAACAAGAAAGACAUCCCAAAGAGGCCUUUCUCUCAGUGUUUAUCUACAAUUAUUUCUCCUCUGUUUGCUGAGUUGAAGGAGAAGAGCCAGGCAUGCGGAGGGAACCUGGGGUCCAUUGAAGAGCUUCGAGGGGCCAUCUACCUGGCGGAGGAGGCGUGCCCCGGCAUCUCCGACACCAUGGUGGCGCAGCUUGUGCAGCGACUCCAGAGAUACUCUCUAAGUGGUGGAGGAACUUCAUCCCACUGAAAUUCCUUUGGCAUUUGGGGUUUUGUUUUUUCCCUUUUUCUUCUUCAUCCUCCUUCUUUUCAAAAGUCAACGAGAGCCUUCGCUGACUCCACUGAAGAGGUGUGCCGCCGGGGGCCACCCUGAUGCCGGGCGCCCACCCAGGGACACACACAGCCCUCGCUGUGCCGCAGCCAGAUGAAGUCUCUCAGAUGGGUGGGGAGGGUUAGCUCCUUCCAGCGAUCAUUUUAUUACUUUUGUUUUUAAUUUUAACCAUAGUGCACAUAUUCAAGGGAAGUGUCUUUAAAAACAAAAACAAACCCUGAAAUGUAUAUUUGGGAUAGGCAACUAAAGACAUGAAACCUCAGGUAUCCUGCUUUACGUGGAGAACUCCCUCUGGGAGCUGGAGAAUCGCUCUGGUGGAUGGGUGUACAGAUUUGUAUAUAGUGUCAUUUUUAUGGAAACCCUUUCGGCGUGCAUAAGGAAUCACUGUGUACAAACUGGCCAAGUGCUUCUGUAGAUAAUGUCAGUGGAGUAAAUAUUCGCCAGGCCAUAACUUGAGUCUAUUGCCUUGCCUUUAUUACAUGUAAAUUUUGAAUUCUGUGACCAGUGAUUUGGGUUUUAUUUUGUAUUUGCAGGGUUUGUCAUUAAUAAUCAUUAAUGCCCCUCUCUUACAGAACACUCCUGUUUGUACCUCAACAAAUGCAAAUUUUCCUCUUGUUUGCCCUGCACCUCUUUUGGUACAUUUAAAGGUUGAUUUCCUUUUUCAUUGACGGUACUAUUUCUUAGUGUUUUAAAUUGGAACAUAUCUUGCCUCAUGAAGCUUUAAAUUAUUAUUUUCAGUUUCUCCCCAUGAAGCGCUCUCGUCUGACAUUUGUUUGGAAUUGUGCCAGUGCUGGUCUGCACCAGAUGGACCAUCCUAUCUAAUACGAUUUUUUGUUGCACCUUGUAGUGGAUUCUGCAUAUCAUCUUUCCCACCUAAAAAUGUCUGAAUGCUUACACGAAUAAAUUUUAUAACAUGCUUAUUUUGCAUACUCCUUGAAAUGUGACUCUCCAGAGGACAGGGCACCUGCUGUGUACGUGUGGCUGUGCAUGUGUACUCAUGGCUGUGAGUGUGUAACAGGACACUUUGGAAGACUCCAGGGAAAAGUCCCCAGGUGUGGAGCUGCCGAGUGCCGAGUUCAGCACCCUGGACAGCUUGUGCACCUGUUCACUGAGACGAUGUGGUUGGAGGUUGCUGAUUUGUGUGAUCGCUAUAGUGCUUGCCAGGGACCUUAAGGGUUGUUUUGCUUCUCUGAAAGGGGCCCGUGCUUGCUAUUCAGGCAGCUAGCCACGUCUUUCUUGGUUUGCUGUGGGGCCUUGCUUGGUGAGGGGGAAAAAUCUCCGGGUUUCUGGAAUGGGGAAGAAUUCUUGCAGCAGCAGUUGACUGGUACAUGAAGCAUUCUUUGAUGUUUGUGGAAGCAGAUUAUUGUUAUCUCCUGUGGGUGUGCCAGUUCUUGGGGAGUAAGAUAUAGGCGUUUUGGAGGCAAGGAAGUUCAUGUGUGAGCUCGGGGAUGCAGCUCAGCUAUCUGCUGGUCUAGUGGCCCGGAAGUCAUGGGGAGGGGACAGAGCCCUGAGCUACAGAUGCUUGAGUGGGUUAUUGUAUCGAUUUGCUAGUACAGUCUGGUUUUCAAACUCUAAAAUUGAGGUAUUUUAUUAGAAGUGGAUUUGGGUUGAACCCUUAAUUUCUAUAAGGGAUAUAUUUUGGUUAGGGGAAAUAGAACUGAGUUGCUCAUUCUUACUGUACUUAUUACUCUGCACAAGAAUGUUACCUUGAAUAAUAAAAUUGGAGAUGAU